AUGUUUAGAGGACAGUCUGUCUCUCUGAGCUGUGAGGAGGACGACAGCUCUGCUGGAUGGACUCUGAGGAGGAACACAACUGAUGAAACCAGGACUCAGUGUGGAGCUGAUUGGGGACGAUCAGCUGGUUCAUCCUGUAACAUCAGCUACACUAUUAAAUGGGACAGUGGAGUUUACUGGUGUGAGUCCAGAGAGGGAGCAACCAGUAACACCAUCAACAUCACUGUCACUGGUGGUCCAGUGAUCCUGCAGAGUCCUGUCCUCCCUGUGAUGGAGGGACAUGAUGUCACUCUGCGCUGUAAAACAAAGACGUCCUCCAACCUCCCAGCUGGUUUCUAUAAAGAUGGCUCCUUCAUCAGGACUGAGCCUGAAGGUCACAUGACCAUCCACCAUGUUUCCAGGUCUGAUGAAGGUCUCUACAAGUGUAACAUCAGCAGUGUUGGAGAGUCUGAACCCAGCUGGGUCACUGUCACAGAAACACCCUCACCUCCCACUGAAGCUCCGCCCCCUGCCACUGAAGCCCCGCCUCCUGCCUCCGGCCCCCUCCACCUUAUGCUCCGACUGGUCUGCCACCUGGUGGUGUUCUGUCCAUACUGCAUCUCCACUUUCAUCAUGGUGUCUUUAUAUCGACACAGAGCCACAGGAAAUGACCGGCCCGUCUCCGUGGUGAUGACUCCGCCCACCCAGGCUGACGAGGGAUUGGAUGAUGAGGCUGCUGCAGCCGCCUUCACAGAGGAAACGGUGGUUUUAACUUCUCUGAACCAACAAACAUUCAAAUUGUCUGAUGUCACAUCUCAGAGUGGUACGAUGGGGCAAACAUCUCUUCAGCGGCUCCUCUUUCUGAGCUCACUGCUGAUCUGCACCACAAACCAAGCCUCUCUGACUGUGAGUCCCAGCAGCUCUCAGAUGUUUGAAGGACAGUUUGUCUCUCUGAGCUGUGAGGAGGACGACAGCUCUGCUGGAUGGACUCUGAGGAGGAACACAACUGAUGAAACCAGGAUUCAGUGUGGAGAUAAGUGGGGACGAUCAGCUGGUUCAUCCUGUAACAUCAGCUACAUCUUUCCAUGGGACAGUGGAGUUUACUGGUGUGAGUCCAGAGAGGGAGCAACCAGUAACACCAUCAACAUCACUGUCACUGAUGGUCCAGUGAUCCUGCAGAGUCCUGUCCUCCCUGUGAUGGAGGGACAUGAUGUCACUCUGCGCUGUGAAACAGAGACGUCCUCCAACCUCCCAGCUGGUUUCUAUAAAGAUGGCUCCUUCAUCAGGACUGAACCUGAGGGUCACAUGACCAUCCACCAUGUUUCCAGGUCUGAUGAAGGUCUCUACAAGUGUAACAUCAGCAGUGUUGGAGAGUCUGAACCCAGCUGGGUCACUGUCACAGAAACACCCUCACCUCCCACUGAAGCCCCGCCUCCUGCCUACGCCGACCUCCACCUUGUGCUCCGACUGGUCUGCCACCUGGUGGUGUUCUGUCCGUACUGCAUCUCCACUUUCAUCAUGGUGUCUUUAUAUCGACACAGAGCCACAGGAAAUGACUGGCCCGUCUCCAUGGCGAUGAUUCCGCCCACCCAGGCUGACGAGGGAUUGGAUGAUGAGUAUGAUGAUGUCAUCCCUGUUGUCACCACAGAGCAUCACUUCUAA